AUGGUUGACGCAAGAGAAAUCUUAAUCCCAAGAUUUACCUAUGUUAAAGAAAUUGAGCCAAGGACUAAGCUAGAGUCUGUAAUCUUAGGAUAUUCCAACUCGAAAGAAGCUAUCAGAGUCUCUCAAGGAAUUUCUGAGUGUAUUCCAGAUUUAGAAGUGUAUAAAUCUGAAAAUGAGAAACUCAAGUUCACCAAUGUCAAGAAUCUCUACGGGAUCAUGGGAGUUGUCAAAAGAGAUACAAGAGAAUACUUGCUAUUGAUCGAAGAAUGCAGCAUCAUGGGGCAAGUUCUCAAGUGCAAUAUCUUCAGAGUUGACCAAAUUUUGGUUGUUCCUCUCCAACACGAGGAAAAUAAGGAGGAUAUUGAGCAUACAGAGCUUAUUAAGGGCCUUGUAAAUGACAAAGCCUUCUACUUCAGUUACAAUUACAACCUUACUUACUCCUUACAAGCAAACGUGAACAGGAUUCUUGUCCCUGAAGAAAGUAAAGGACUUCAGAAGAAAGGUAGCUCUGAGGAGUACUGGUCAAAUUAUGAAGAAGAUCUUGUAUUCAAUAGAGUUCUUCUCUCUGAAUUUGAUACUAACACAAGUGAACAACUGUGGUCUUUCAUUGUCCCAAUCAUCUAUGGGUAUGUUUUCGUCCAUUCUCUUCAUUUUGACCAAAACAAAGCCGAUUUAGUUCUGAUUUCAAGGAAGGAUUGUAACAGACUCGGAAGAAGAUUUGUCUCGAGAGGUCUUGACGAAGAAGGAAAUGCUUCGAACUUUGUUGAGACUGAGCACAUUAUUGUUCAUUACGAGGAGGAAUCGUACAGAAUUGCAUCAUAUGUUCAAACAAGAGGAAGUAUUCCUCUUAUUUGGACUCAAACUCCAACCUUGAAGUAUGGUCCUAAGCUAGGAAUUAGUACUGAUGAUACUAAGAAUAAGGCAGCAGCAGAGAAGCAUUUUGCAAAGAACAUUGAGAAGUAUGGCGACCAUGUACUUAUCAAUCUUAUUGAUAAGAAGGGUUCUCAAGACAAAAUUGGAACUGCCUUCACCAAGCUCGUUAAGAACCUUAAGAAUGACAGACUCCAUUAUGAAUGGUUUGAUUUCCAUGGAGAAUGCAAGAAGAUGAAGUGGGAAAACCUUUCCAAACUUAUUAAAAAUAUCCAAGAGAAGGUUGACGAGCAAAACUACUUCAUGGCAAGAUUAGAUUAUGCUUUUGAUCAAAAGGAGAAAUUAAGUCAAUCGAGUUGAAUGAUCAUGCUCAACCAAAACGGAGUGUGUAGGACCAACUGUAUGGAUUGUUUGGAUAGAACAAAUGUCGUCCAAUCUGUAAUCUCAAGACUCAUUGCUCACAGACAGCUUUGGAAGAUGAAUAUCUUGGAAAAGCCAAAAGGAGAUCCAUUUGAGACUUUCCCUGCUAAAUUUGAGACUCUAUUCAGACAAGCAUGGACAAAUAAUGCUAAUGUUUGCAGUAUUCUUUAUUCAGGAACUCCUGCUUUAAAAACUGACUUUACUCUAACUGGAAAGAGGAGCGCUCAAGGAGCUUUGAUGGACGGGAUCAACUCUGCUAAGAGAUACUAUAUCAACAACUUCUGUGAUUUCCAAAACCAAGAUAUCUUAGACUCAACUCUUCAGAAGUUAAAGCCAGGCCAGAAAAUUAGACAAGGAGGUAAAGUUAAGUUUAUGACUGUCCUUUUCUCUCUUAUUUUUGGAAUCAUUAUUCUGAACUCAACGGUAAAAUAUCUAUAUGGAGUUCAUGAUCUUCAACCAGGUGAAGAAGGAUACUAUGAUUAUGGAUACACCAUGGGAUUUUUACACCUCGUCACUGUCUUUGCAAUCACUGGCUUCACAUUUAAGACACUAUUCUUAUAA